AGCCUGGAUGGGGACCAAGUUGUGCUCCAGAGGAUCAGGAAAUAUGUGAAAGCCAUUCACAUCUCCGGGCUCACCCAUGUGGAGAACGAGGAGCAGUACAGUGAGGCUCUGGAGAACUUUGGCAACAACCACCUCUCCCAGAACAACCAUGAGCUCUCCACUGGCUUCCUCAACCUGGCUGUCUUCACCCGUGAGGUCACCGCGCUCUUCAAGAACCUGGUGCAGAACCUGAAUAACAUCGUCUCCUUCCCGCUGGACAGCCUGCUGAAGGGGCAGCUGAAGGACAGCCGCCUGGAUUCCAAGAAGCAAAUCGAAAAGGCCUGGAAGGAUUAUGAGACCAAAGUGGGGAAGAUGGAGAAGGAGAAGGAGCGAGCACGCUUGGCAGGGGUCAUCCAGGCUGAGCCAUCCGCGGUGGAGGUGGCUGAGGACACGCAGAGGGAGCGGCGGCUCUUCCAGCUCCACAUGUGUGAG